AUGGGUUUCACCGACUUUGUUUCUGACGCUGGCCUCACCAUUGCCAACACUUUCUUUGGCUCUCGCAGCUACGUUGUUGGCACCUCUCCCUCCCAGGCCGAUGUCGUGACCUUCAAGGCCUUCUCCAGCGCCCCUGACGCUGAGAAGUACCCCAACGUUGCCCGUUGGUACAAGCACAUUGCCUCCUACGAGGCUGAGUUCGGCAGCCUGCCUGGUGACGCCUCCAAGGAGUUCACUGCCUACGGCCCCGAGGGUGCUGAGCUCCCCACCAACCCCAAGGACAAGCCCGCCGCUGAUGAGGACGAGAUGGACGACCUCUUCGGCUCCGACGAUGAGGAAGAGGACGAGGAAGUUGCCAAGAAGCACGCCGAGAAUCUCGCUGCGUACAAGAAGAAGAAGGAGGCUAAGGGCCCCAAGCCCGCCGCUAAGUCCAUUGUCACCAUGGAAGUCAAGCCUUGGGAUGAUGAGACCGACCUCAAGCAGAUGGAGGAGAACGUCCGUGCUAUCGAGAAGGACGGUCUCGUCUGGGGUGCCUCCAAGCUCGUCGCUGUUGGUUUCGGUAUCAAGAAGCUCCAGAUCAACCUGGUUGUCGAGGAUGAGAAGAUCUCCAUCGAUGAGCUCCAGGCCCAGAUUGAGGAGGACGAGGACCACGUCCAGUCCACCGAUGUUGCUGCUAUGCAGAAGCUGUAA